GAUCAAGGUUGAGGUGAACAAGUUGUGUCCAAUAUGUAGAAGAUUAGUUAAGAUGGUCAGAAAACUGAGUAUUCCUUAGAAAAUAUUUCCCAAUAUGAUGUAAAAAUAUAUAUUUUCGUAACCAUAGGUUCUUGACUUUCUCCGCUUUCAAGCAUGGAUUUUAACUAUUUUUUAGUGACGCCGUUUAUAAGAGGUUGAGAAAAUAAGUGUAAUGUAAUUUGGUAUGCAUUUCUCGACCCACCAAAUCGAUGGUUUACAGUUUUUCAGUUUUUAUUAGAAAAGGAUUCCUUUACUAAUAAAUCAUCCCUUCCUAACGUUAUCAUAUGUUCUUUGUUCUUCAACCUUUCUCGGUCCUUCAACGUUCAUUCUCGUCUUCAACAUUUCUCCAAUUUCGUGUCAAUUUAAGGAUGGAUUCAUUUUUUCAUUAAAGAUGUGACAUGUACGUAGUCUUUACAAACUGUGAGACUGUGUUUGACAAUUCUCAGAUAUAAAACAGUUAACACUUUUAUCUGUUCAAUUGAUCUCUCAAUGGAAACCAUAUUCUACUUCAUCAUCUUCCCUUUCCUCUAUUUUCUGACAAAUCAUUUUCUCAAAAAGUUACAAAAUUAUCCACCAAGUCCUCUUCUCUCCUUACCAGUAAUAGGCCAUUUGUAUAUCUUCAAGAAACCACUCCAUAGAACCUUGGCCAAGAUUUCAAACAAGUAUGGUCCAAUCCUCUUCCUUCAAUUCGGUUCUCGCCCCGUCGUCCACAUAUCCUCUCCCUCUGCUGCAGAGGAAUGCCUCAGCAAAAACGACAUCAUAUUCGCUAACCGUCCUAGGUUGCUUGCUGGAAAGCACCUCGGUUACAACUACACCACCCUUGUUUGGGCCUCAUAUUGUGAUCACUGGCGCAACCUAAGGCGGAUAGCUUCCCUUGAAAUUUUGUCUACAUAUCGGAUCCAAAUGUUUUCUGAUAUACGAAGAAGUGAGGUUCAUUUACUGGUAAAAAGACUCAUCAGAGGUACCCAAAGGGGAGAAUAUCAGACGGUGGAUAUGAAAUCGGCAUUCUUUGUGAUGUUACUGAAUAUCAUGAUGAGAAUGAUUGCUGGAAAGCGAUAUGACAAUGAUGAUGAUGAUCGUGAUGAUUCUGGGAAUUUGGAAGAAGCAAGAAAGUUUAAGGAGAUUGUGACUGAGACUUUUCAAUUGAGUGGUGCAACAAAUAUUGGAGAUUUCAUUCCACUUUUGAGGUGGAUAGGAAUGGAUAAAAUUGAAAAUAGGUUGAAGAUAUUGAAGGAGAAGAGAGACAGAUUCAUGCAAGACUUAAUUGAUGAACACAGGAGUACAACAACUUAUAAGCAGAAGGAGAAGACUCUGAUUGAUAUUCUCUUGUCCCUCCAAGAGACUGAACCUGAAUGUUAUAACGAUGAAAUUAUCAGAGGCCUGAUGCAGGUGAUGUUAUCUGCUGGGACAGACACUUCAGUAGCAACAAUGGAAUGGGCAUUGUCACUUCUUCUGAACAACCCUGAGGCACUAAUGAAGGCUCAAAAUGAAAUCGACAAUUACCUAGGAAAUUUGAGGCUAAUCGAGGAUUCUGACCUCCCUCGACUUCCUUAUCUCCACGGAAUUAUCAAUGAGACACUACGUAUGUACCCCGUGGACCCCUUGAUCCCCCCACACGAGUCAUCCGAGGAAUGCACAGUAGGGGGAUUUAGAGUCCCUCGAGGUACAAUGCUGUUAGUGAACUUAUGGGCUAUACAAAAUGAUCCCAACUUGUGGGAGGAGCCAAGAAAAUUUAAACCCAAAAGGUUUCUUAAUUUACCCGGCCAACGUGAUGGAUUCGUGCUGAUGCCAUUCGGGUAUGGAAGGAGGGGGUGUCCCGGUGAGAAUUUGGCAAUGCACGUCGUUGGCCUAGUGGUGGGGUCGUUGAUUCAGUGCUUUGAGUGGGCUAGAGAGGGUGAUGAGUUGGUGGAUAUGAGUGAAGGUCCGGGGCUUACAAUGCCCAAGGCUAAGCCACUCUUGGCCAAAUGUAGGCCACGCCAAGGAAUGCUGAGAUUGCUCUCUCAAAUUUGAUCAAGUAUUGUCUGACAAUGUUGUCUUUUCUUUAAUUUCGUCGAAAUGCCUUCUAGCAUACAAAAAAGGGUUUGAUUAUUAGCGUGUUUGUAGGCGUGGCCCACAUUAAAUGCAUAUUUUGCACAUUUUCUUU